UCAAAAGUUGAAUUAAAAUCAAUUUUAGUUGAUUAAUUAUCGGCCCUACUCUUCAAGUUAAUUGUUACACUAAAUUGUUAAAUCAAUAAAUGAAAUGUUAUCAAUCACCGGUAAUCAGAUGAUUACCUUCCAUCAAUUAAUCUAUGAUUAACUUUGGAUUAUUUCAUUUUACGUUUUCUUUUCCAUAACGAGUGUUAAUUUGAUUCUCUUGUUUUUUUCUUUUCUUCUCAAUGACUUAAAUCUUCAACUCUUUUCAUUUUCUUUUUCUUUUUCCUUUUUUUUGCUCAUUUGCCUUUUUACCUACUUUUUCUUUUUCUCUAAACGUGUGAAUUGGUUUCGUCGACUAUUAUUUCAAAUUGGAGAUCAGUUGAAAGUAUCAAAAAUGUCCCAUUUCGUUGUCUACUGUUACUAGUGUUCUGGUUGUGUGUCCAUCGGUUUAUUAUCUCAAACAAUAAUUUUCUUUUUUAACCUAACCCAUUAUAUCUUGUUGUUAUUUCCUCAUCUUUUAUUUUUAUAAUCCUGUGUUUUAUGGGAGAGAGAAAGAGGGAGAAAAGUCUAUGUAUAGCUUCUGUCUACUAUUGAUUAACCCUGAUUUAUUUACUCCCAUACAACUUCAGAAGAGAGUUUGAUAGUGAGAGAGAGAGAGAGAAAGUAAAAAAAUCCACUUCAAUUGCCUCUUCAUUUUCCAUUCUCUCACACCACCCUUCCUUUUUUUCUGUUUCUUCUUCGUUCUCUUUCAUUCCUCUUUGGUUUUUCUAAAUUCUCCACGGAAAAACAGGAGAGAAGAUGAAGAAACAAUUUCUAAAUAUCAAAAAUUUCGUCCAAGAUGGUCUCACCGUCGUCAGAGGUGAUAAAAGCGAUGUGAUGACGGUUGAUCUUGUCAAUGCUGAGAAAAAAGUUGAUCUCAUGAAGGUUUCAUGUCAAUCAGUGGAAAAAAAGAUCGCCAGUUGUCUUCGUGGUUAUGGUUCUGGUAGCGAGAUUGAAAAACGAAGUAAAAAAAUACCCGAAUUACACUUAUCUCAAUCUCUUCUGGAGCAUGGAGAGCAAUUGGGUACCGAUUCUCUUCUUGGUCAAACGUUGGUUGAUUGUGGUGAAUUACAGAAAAGUGUUAGCCGAGAAUUAAUAGAUUAUGAAAUUUCAGUAGAGAAAAACUGUCUUACAGCAUUAAACUAUUUCAUCGAUAAUGACAUUCCAAGUGUGGUUAAAUCUCGUAAACAUUUAAGUAAAGCGACCUCCGAUAUGGAUACUUGCCGUCAAAAGUAUCAACAAGCGAUGAAACAAAGCCACCAGUCAACGGGAUCUUCGGCAACUGUAGCAGCAGCUAAUAAAUUGGAAACAAUUAAACAAGAAUUAGAUGAAGCUACAACCAAAGUAGAUCAAGCCAAAGAUGCUUUUGCCAUUGAAGUUUUCAACUUUCUCAGUCGAGAACCUGAUGUUGCUCAAGUUUAUCUCGAAUUUUUUAAACUUCAAGCUGCAUUUCACCGUCGCUCAGCAGCGAUUCUUGAAGAAGCAAUUCCCAUGUUGGAACAAAAAUUAGCAAAUAACUCACAGCGACCCAUCUUUGGUACACCAUUGGAAGAUCAUCUUCGUAUUAGUAAUCGAGAAAUUGCCUUAGUCAUUGAAGCUUGUAUCGGCUGGUUACUUAUGAAUAUUAAAGAAGAGGGUAUCUUCAGAGUCCCUGGAAGUGUAACCAAAGUGAAAAAAUUGAAAAGCUCUCUAAACGCUGGAGUGGUGGAUUAUGAUGAGUACUUACGAGAUGCACAUACCGUUGCCGGAUGUUUAAAGUCAUAUCUAAGGGAGCUUCCGGAUCCUCUUUUGACCCAUCAACACUACCAAGCUUGGAUAAAUGCUGCAAAGAUACUUGAUUCAAACAGCAGACUCCAAGCUUUCUGGCAGGUUUGCAACAGCUUACCCAAAUCUCAUUACAAUAAUUUGAAAUAUUUAAUCAAAUUUUUGUCUAAAUUAUCAUCUCACUCUGAAGCCAAUAAAAUGACUCCCUCCAAUAUUGCCAUUGCCUUAGCACCAAGUCUUAUUUGGAGUCCACCAGUUGAAGUGGACGAUGCAUUUGGUGCAAACAUGGCUGCUGCUAAUCUUCAUUCAUUAAUCAUUGAAGCUCUUGUCAGCUAUGCUGAUUGGUUUUUCCCUGAAGAAAUUGAAUUUACAACACCGCAGAUAUCAUACCUUCCGGAGGAAAAGCCUCUAAAUGGUGAAAUCAGUCAAGAGCGGCACCCAACACCGGUUCCACGGGCCAGUGCUCCAAGAUCUAACAAGAAGCCAGCUCCACCCGCACCAUCUUCAUCAUCAUCAUCAUCAACAACAACAACAUUAUCAGCAUCUUCAUCUAACGAAAAAAAUUAUCAACAAUUAAUCCAACAAAAUGAACACAACAAAACAACAACAACAACAACUACCAGCUUAUCUAAUAGUCAUUCUCCUGCUAAUUUCAUGAAAAGCCAAGGUUAUUCAUCAACAGCAUCUACAUCAUCAUCGUCAUCUACCGCUGUUAAACCUGUUGCACAUAAACUUGAAAAUUUUCCCUGUGAAUCACCUCCCUUCUCAUCAUCAUCAUCGUCAUCAUCAGCAUCACCAUUUUCCUCUGAUGUUUUAGCUGAUCAACUAUCCAGUGUUACAAAUAAUGUAACAUCACCAGCACCUUCAUCCAGUAGUCUGAUCAACAGUGAAAGAUUAACCUCAUUUCUCACUGGCUCUUUAGAUCGUAAACAACUGCGAAGCAGUUUAGAUCGUAAAAAUAAUGAUCGUAAAAACAAAACAAUCUCAUUCAUUGGCAAUCCAAGGACACCAAGGUUAAAUGUGAUUGACAAACCAACAAUUCCUCCACCAGAAGUGCCUUAUGCACAACAAUCUAUUAGCAAUAAACAAUCAACCAGCAACAGUAAUAAUAGUACCCUCGAAAGACCCAGUUUCCCACCGCCAGAACGUCCAAGUCGUGAUUCAACACCUACAUUAACAAAUCAAUCAUCUACACUUGAACAAUCAACAGAAAACAUUUUCGACUAUGAAGAAUCACUUGAAUCAUCAACCGAAGAACCAUCAAGCAAAUUAUAUCCCGAUCUCUCUCAAUUAGUGGUCGCUGAUAAUUCAUUGACAGCAAAAUGUUCAUCAAGUGAUAUCAUUAUCGAUGAAGGCCAAAUGAUAAAAAACGAUAUUAACAUUAACAAUAAUAAUAAUAAUGAUAUCAAAAUCAACAACAACAACAACAAUAAUAAUAAUAAUAAUCCAGAGAUGAUCUCAUUUGCUGAUGAUUCCGAGGAAGAGUUUCUCCUCAAGCAAAAUAAUCGCGACAGCAAUAGUAGUGAGGAGUUUAAUCAACGAAGAUCAGAUUUACCACCGGAUAAGCCGAAACGAUCAGCUCACUCUAAUUACAUCUUAAAUUCCAGUCAUCAUCAAUCACAACAACAACAACAACAACAACAACUUCAACAAUCUCCUUCCUUAGAUUGGGAUAACGGUGAUAAUAGUAAUCGUAGUAGUGGAGAAAGUCAAGCUUCGGUGGGUCGAAGGCCACCAAGGCCACUUCCGCCCGCUCCUGCGGUAGCUGUUAAACCAAAGAUUAUUACUAAUGCUGGUACAUCAUCUUCGGAAAAUACUUACCUGUGAUCUAUCAAACUUUUGGUUCUGUUUACAAUCAAAACCAUUCUUAUUAAAUGUUUUCAGCUCAACAAUCAACUAAAGGGAGAGAAAGGAAGUGAGAAAUUUAAAUACACCGUUAAAUUAUAUUGUCAAAUAUUUCCAAAAGACAAGUGAACUCGACUCUAGUCGUUAUUUACAAUGAUUAAAAACAGAUAACCAAAUGUGAUUAAUCAUUAACUAUUUUUUACUUGUUUACAUUAUAAUUAUUAUUAUAAUUAAUUAAACAUCCAUCAACAUACAAACG